UACUUUGUAGCGCCACCUUUUGCCGAAUACUUUCGCAAGGCACUGUAGCUUCCUGUACCUAGUGAUGUGACAACUGAGUGUAAUUCCUGAUGGUGUAAAAUUGGUGCUAAUUGUGCAUGAUGCAAAACCAGACACUGCUUACACAACCACAAAAAAAGCUUCUGUGAAUCCUGUUUGGAUUGGAAUCCCAACACACACACUUCUACGACACUGCUGCUCCACUGACCACUGCUGAUGAAUGGUUGGGUUGUUGACUGAUCAGAAGCAUGUGACCGGUGAAUGUGUGGGCUGAUCGGCAUCAACUAGUCACACUUGGACUAUAUCUCUGUCUCUCUCGCUCUCACACACACAGAUAGUGGCAGAGCCUGCUUACAGAAACACACAAACACAUUCAUCUGCUUCAUAUUCAUCACCAUCAUCAGUCAUCUGUCAACCAUGAUGCACAGCAAAAAACAGAUCAGUCAUGAUGAAUGCCAGGAGACAGCUGAUUGGUUGAUGUCUCAGACGAAGCAUCGCCCCCAAGUGGCGAUCAUCUGUGGGUCUGGACUGGGCAUGCUCGCUGACACCCUCAAGUGUCAGGUCUCCUUUGCUUAUUCUGACAUACCGGGCUUCCCUCAGAGCACAGUCCAGGGUCAUGCAGGUCGGCUGGUUUUUGGGGAGUUGAAGGAAAAGACGUGUGUGUGCAUGCAGGGUCGCUUCCAUAUGUAUGAAGGACACUCACUCAGCAAGACAACAUUUCCAGUUCGAGUCUUCAAACUGUUGGGGGUAGAGACUCUGAUCGUGACAAAUGCUGCUGGCUCAUUGGCAGACGACCUUCAGCCUGGUGAUAUCAUGAUCAUCAAAGACCACGUUAACUUCCCUGGACUGGUUGGUCUGAACCCACUCAGCGGACCCAACAACGAUGAGUUCGGGCCUCGUUUUCCUGCCAUGUCAGGUUGCUAUGACAAAGGCCUGCGUUGCCUUGCAAUGGAGAUUGCCAAGCAGCAGGGCAUAGCCAGCCUCAUGCAGGAGGGUGUGUACGCCAUGGUGGGAGGGCCAAACUUUGAAACCAUCGCUGAGGCUAAAUUGCUGUAUCGACUGGGUGUUGAUGCCGUCGGUAUGAGUACAGCUCCUGAGGUCGUUGUGGCGGCUCAUUGUGGCCUGAGAGUCUUCGGCCUUUCUCUGAUCACCAACAAGGUGGUGAAGAGUUACGAGGACUCAGACAGUGUGAGCCAUGAGGGGGUCCUGUCGGCCAGCCAGCUGCGUUCUCACACUGUGCAGCAGCUGGUGAUUGAUCUGAUCGGCAGGAUGGAGAUCAAUAACAGCAAGACCACCAAUAAUGCUGUCUAA